AUGUCUGUUCCGGAUUUGGACGACGAAUAUGCUGCCUUCUAUACCCCUCUUGACCUCGAGGAUAUCCUCCUAUCUGAGGGGCACGAUCGCCAUGGCAGCCGCGGUGCACAACCACAGAUGCACGAGGAGGACUCUGCAUACGAGUCCGCAUCCCCACAAACUAUACUUUCCACCGUUGCUGAAUAUGAUGAGUUUGAUGUAUACGACCUGUCCGAAUUUACGGCGGAAGAUUUUGCCUGUAUUGAUGCUGCGCUUGCGUCCGCACAACCCAGCCUUGUCUCGAUCUUUGGUAACUGCAACCGCAACGAUAGUAUCUCAGAUGGAACCGGAGGUCCUCGCAUUGAAAUACAAGUAGAGGGAGCCACUGAUAAUUCUAUUCUUCCCAAGGCAUUGUCGCGUCAUCAAGAGUGGAGUUCAGACGGGCGUAGUCCCUUUGAACGCUUCAGGAAAUGGAGAAAAGUUUUGUCUGUGACUGAUCUUGUUGGACCUGCCUGGUGUGAAGUUCAGUUUGAUUAUGGUCUUCGCCAGAAGCGGCAUCAGGAGCCUGAUCAAAGACCUCAGUCAUUCGUUACAGCGGAGGGCAAGACUAUUACCGUUGACAAACGUGUCAUGGCGAAUAAUCACCGUUUCGUUACCAGAGGAAGGUCGGUGCAUAAGGCAUUGGAACGUGAAGUUAAACCUGAAGAGGUUCAGGUGGAAAUUAUUACUCAGGAGGAGCGCUGGGCACUCCGCCUUGUAAACAUGCUGGCUUCCUUGGACGCGCUCAUAGCAUUGGGAUACUGCCGUGAGAUACCUGUAUUCGGUCUUGUUCACGGUCAGAUAGUGGUUGGGAUUAUUGAUGAACUUCAACGCAAACCUUACCUGUCCAGCUUGCGACAGCCCUUGAAGACAGACAGCAAUGCGGAUGUUCGGAGAUACAGCCCGCAGAAACGAGCGUCGCCUGGUACCCCUUCCAUGAGGAAGAGCAAGAGAGGCCGUCGUCGGCCUUCCCCUUCUCAAUCUAAGCUUUCAGCCUAUUUCGACACAUCCUCGCAAACGUCUGAAUCUUGCGCAUCAGACUCGUGUCCUGAUUCCGAGUCUCGCAUAGAGCUAUCGACGCCUAAACCAAUAACACCUACGCAACAUCCUUGUGGUAUUUCAGACAAAGCCGAUGCAAUACAGCAUGCAGCUGCGGCCUAUACCCUGCAUCUUUUCGACACAAAAACGCGGAAUAGUCCAAGUCUCCCUCCAGAUGAGGAUACGUUGACAUCGCGGCUACAAUUGAUGCUUUAUCACCGACUACUCAGUAAUCUCCUCGCCUCGCAUUCGCCAUCUAGAUCUGGUCCUGAGGUAGAGCAUGCGAUGCCGACGUCCCCUGUUGAGCCGUUAGACUUUGACGCCUUGUGGCGUAGGAUGAGCUUAGACCCGACUCGCACGUUCUCCGCAAGCUUCAUGCGUGACAGCGGUUUACUCCUCGGCGCUGAAGCAUUUGGCAGCACAUUAUCCAAUACGUCUAGUGAUUUCACCAGCGGCGAGGGCAACAACCACGGCAGUGGCCAAUUUCCGCAGUGUCUCAACGAUCUGGUAGCUGCGUGGCGCCAUGCCGUAGAAGCACUGUCGGUGAACGGCAUGGAUCCUACAUUGACACUAGUCUACCGAACGGUGCGAUCCAGGCAGGGGAAGCCAAAAUCGAAAGACGGUAACCAAUCUGCGGCUGGACACUCUCCACUGGACCAAGAUUUAGCCAACGCUAUUCAGGAAAGUCUUAACGCGCCGCCUCAUAUGUACGACGGCACGGACGAUGCUUUCGCUCGAGCUAGUCUGGAAGACGUACACCAUCCUAUUGAUGCGAACGAUGGCGAUAUUACCGUUUGUAAUACCUCUAUCGCGUCUGAACACGAUACAAGCAGUACUGGACUAGAAGAAACGGGUACGCCGAAUGAUGUCGCCAAAAUGGAUCUAGUAAUGCCUGCAUCCACAUCCGAUGUAGCAGACGACACCAAUGGAGAGAUACCCGCGAAUGAAGUGGUGAAGACCCGCAUAUUGGGAACGAAGAAGUUCGUAGUCGAUGAUGUGUUGCUUGAUGGCCAUCUGGAGAGCAUAUUACAGUGGUGGAAUGGCCGACGACCACCACGCGGUGUGGACAUUCAGCUGACGAGGCGGUGCUCCUCUUGCGAGUACGAGCAAGGUUGUGAAUGGAGGGAACGCAAGGCAGUGGAAGUUCUUCAGGAAAGAGCUGUGGAUGCAGGAUUCUAA